CCAAAGUGCACACAGUCAGACCAUCAGACUGUUAUGGUCCUGCGACGGCUCGCACAGCUCACAAAGAUGGACUCAAAGAUCCGAAUAGUUCAUGUUUUGAAGAUUGUCGCGGGGACUUUGGGCCUGGCCGUCCUGCUGCUGUUCACGGCGGCUUCCAUCCGGACUCUGUCUCUGGACGUGAACGCGGGGCUUCAGCUGGCUAACUGGGAAAAGACGAACAACAUCUCUCUCGUCAUCGAGCAGCGGCAGAGGGAACAGCUCCUGGCGACUUUCAAAGAGGCGAUCCGGAUCCCCACCGUGUCUUUCUCAGAGACGGAAAUGAACCAAACCGCGCUGCUGCACUUCAACCAGCUCCUGCGGAAAGCCUUCCCCACAGUUUUCUCCUCGAACCUCGUCCAUCACGAAUUGGUGGCCAACUACAGCCACCUGUUCCGGGUGCGGGGAUCGCUGCCCGACCUGGAGCCGUACCUCCUGCUGGCCCACAUUGAUGUAGUACCUGCCACCGAGUCGGAUGGCUGGGAGGCCCCGCCGUUUUCCGCCCAGGAGAUAGAUGGCUUCAUUUAUGGGAGAGGGACCUUCGAUGACAAGGGCUCUCUGAUGGGAAUGCUGCAGGCGCUGGAGUACCUCCUGAUGAAAGGCUACGCUCCACGCAGGGGAUUCUACAUCGGCUUGGGUCACGAUGAAGAGGUUCAUGGUCAUCAGGGGGCAUUAAACAUCGUGCGUAUGCUGGAGCAGCGCGGCGUUCGCCUGCUGUUCGUCCUGGACGAGGGACUCGCCAUUCUAGAUGGAAUCCUCGAUGGCCUGGAAGGACCUGCCGCUCUAAUUGGGAUCAGUGAGAAGGGGCAGGCCACAGUGAAGCUGAGUGUGUCGACUGUUCCCAGCCACUCCUCCAUCCCGCCCAGGGAGACCAGCAUCGGCAUCUUGGCUGCAGCAGUGAAAAGACUGGAGGAAAACCCCAUGCCGAGGUUGUUUGGUAUGGGACCUGAAAAAGCCAUGUUUGAGCAUCUGGCUCAUAAGUUCAAGCUGCCGAUGAAGUUCAUAAUGUCGAAUCUGUGGCUCUUCUCCCCGCUUAUUGGCAGGAUACUUGAAAGGAGACCAGACAGUAAUGCUUUUGUGAGGACGACCACAGCGGUCACCAUGUUCAAUGCAGGAGUGAAGGUGAAUGUCAUCCCGCCGUAUGCAGAAGCCUUCGUAAACCUGCGGAUUCACUCGGCACAGUCAUUACAAGAGGUCCUGGACCUGGUUCGGACUACAGUCGCUGACGAGCGCGUCAAGAUGGAGCUGUCCGACGGCUUUGAUCCGCUGCCCGUCAGCUCCUCCGACGAGAAGGCCUUCGGCUUCCAAGUCAUCAAGAAAACGCUGCUGGACAUGUUUCCGGGAGUCACAGUCGCUCCAGGGAUCUGCAUCGGGAACACAGACAGUCGACACUUCAGAAACCUCACCAAUGAUAUUUAUCGCUUUUCCGCUCUCUGGUUUAAACCUGGGGAUCCUCAGAGGUUCCAUGGUAUCAAUGAAAGGAUUUCCAAAAAGAACUACGAAGACAUUGUGCAAUUUUUCUUCAGCCUGAUUCAGAACUUCGACAUUCAGAGGCUCCCCGACUCGCACAGUUCGGCUCAUGAACUCUAAGGAAGAGACAACAUCUGCAGGAAAACUCAAAACAAUCCACCUCAUCAGUGCUCCGAGUCGCUCGGCAUCGCCCGGUUCUGUGAAGGUUUUAAAGUGUGUGGUGCCGAAAAGCUUUUGAGAAGAAAUCAUGCCGUUAACAGAUAAUAUAAAGUUAUAUAUUAAGACACAUUUUCAGAACAUGAUUUAUUCUAAGUGUAAUGGUAUUCCAACUCACUGCGUCGACACUUACUGAAGCAGAUAUUAAGAAUCUGUAUUUUGGAGCUUGAAAACAAUAAUUCCCAUGAAACUUAGAUUUCCUUGUGAACGAGAAGCAACUGUGGAUCUACUGAAAAGCACCUUAUCAUUUAGCAGUGAAAUUCUAUGACCUGCUUUAAUUAUAUCUUGAUAUAUUAUAAAUGGACUAUUUUUCAUAUUGGGAAACCUGCUUUUUUUACUGGUGUUUGCAGUUUGAAUAAAUGUGUGCAGAAACAAAUAGAUACUGCUCUUUGUGGAAAUGCUGGAUUUUCCUCUAUAAAGAUGGUUUAUUUUCUCUGCACUGAAUCAAUUUCAGCACUUGGCUUUUUUGCGAAAUGUUCUUGCACUGAAAAAUGAGUCGUACUGAUUUCAA